AGCCGCCAUGGCUCAAUCUAGAUCCAACAUGGUCUGUGUAUCCAGGAUUUGCAUCAAAGAACCAUGAACCUUCAUGUGGCCUUUGUUUUCGUGUCCAUCUUCCUAGGCCUGAGCCAGCAUGUGCAGGAGGUCGAAGUGAGCGCAGUGGGAGCUGUACAACCACACUCCCCAGUCCCUGCACUUGCCCACAUAAUGAGAGCAGAGGGCUUUGCCGGCAUUCGGGCGCACCAGCCAGAAUUGUUGCAGGCGGGCAGCAUCCAAGAUCCAGCCGCUGCAGCCACUGCCGCUGCAGCCACUGCUGCUGCCACUGCUGCGGUGACGCCUGCGGCCACCGCCGCUGCCACCGCCGCGGUGACGCCUGCCGCCACUACGGUCGCUGCCACCACGGCUGCAGCCACGACAGCCGCAGCUACCAGCACCACCUCCACCACCACCACCGUCACAAACACCACCACAGUGCUCCGUGACGAGUCGGGAGCCCGAGUGCCCACGACCAUGACUGUGGUGGUCACCCACAUAGAAAUCGAAUACGCAACCGUCGUGUUCACGGAAGAGCCCACCACCACAACAUCCACCACCACUACCUCGACCACGAACACCACAACAACAACGCCCGAGCCGAAGGCAUCCGGCCUGCGCAGCACCGUCGCCGUGCCGCUUUUGGCGGCGGUGGCCAUGAUGAGCUGAGCCAAGGGAACAACAUGCAGCGGGGAGAGAGAGAGGGC